AUGGAAAGAUAUUAUAAAAGAAUUGAUCCAAAUUUAUCAAAUCCUCCGGCACCGAAAGUAGAUAUUGAUUGCAGUACAAAAAGCCAUUGCAGUACAAAGAGACAUUGCAUCUCAAUUGAUAUGAGUGAUCUUCCUACUGAUCCUGGACUGCGAAUUCCAAUUUCAGAUUAUAGCCUGAAUAUUCAAGAUCAAAUUCGAAGACAUUAUUUGCAGCAAGGGCCUUGUCAACCAAAAAAUCAUAAAUUUCUUCCGAAACUUUUUGGAGGCGUGGAGCGUCAGUUCAACAUUGAAUGUUCUCAUUACGAAUGUUACAAGAAAUGUGAAGCCUUGAUGAAUGAAAAACAACAAAUUCAACACAUUUUUGUCAAGAAAAACGACAAAGAUCGAAAAAGUUACCGUGUUCGAUUAACUGCAUUAGUUGACAGUAUUCGAUUUCUUCUACGACAAGGUCUUGCAUUUCGUGGUCAUGAUGAGUCUGAAGAUUCUAAUAAUCAAGGUAACUUUCUUGAACUUCUAAAUUUUUUGGCUGAUCAUAAUGAGGAAGUUAGAGCUGUUGCUUUGAAAAAUGCUCCUGAAAACCUUAGAUUGACUUCCCCAAGGAUUCAGAAAGACAUUGUAAAUGCAUGUGCUAUUGAAACAAUUGAGGUUAUUAUUAAAGACAUGGGAGAUGCUGUAUUUUCUAUUUUAGUUGAUGAAUCUCGUGAUGUAUCUAUAAAGGAGCAAAUGGUUGUAAUGUUUCGUUAUGUGGACAAGAGAGGGUAUGUGAUUGAACGAUUCAUAGGCAUUGAACAUGUUCCAAAUACAACAGCAAUCUCACUAAAAAUAGCAAUUGAUAAGCUAUUUUCAAAGCAUGGGUUGAGCAUAUCUAGACUACGAGGUCAGGGAUAUGAUGGAGCUAGUAACAUGAGUGGAGAAUUCAAUGGUUUGAAGAGUAUUAUCAUGAAGGAGAAUGAAUGUGCUUUUUUUGUUCACUGUUCUCAUCAGCUUCAAUUAACACUCAUGGGUGUAGCCAAAAAACAUGAUUUAAUAGGUACUUUUCUCACUGUGGUAUCCAAUGUGGUGAAUAUUGUUGGAGCAUCAUCUAAGCGUCGUGACAUUCUUCGAGAAAAACAAGCUCAUAAAGUCAUUGAAGCCUUAAAAAGUGGACAACUUUCAAGUGGAAAAGGCUUAAAUCAAGAAAAUGGGAUUAAGCGUCCAUGUGAUACACGAUGGGGAUCACACUUUGGCACUUUGUGGGAUUCCUUAGUAGAAGAAGUUUCUAAGUUUUGUGUGGAAUUCAAUAUCGAUGUUCUAAAUAUGGAUGGAAUUGUGAUAGAUUUACAACUACAAGAGCUAAAUAGUCGUUUUAAUAAGGCUAACACUGAGUUGCUACUUUGUGUAGCAUGUUUGUCUCCAAAUAAUUCUUUUGAUGCUUUUGACAAGGAAAAGCUAAUUCAAUUGAAAGGAAUUGCUGACCUUUCAAAAAGAUUAGUGGAGACAAAUAAACAUGAGGUAUAUCCAUUGGUAUAUUUGCUUAUUAAAUUGGCAUUAACACUCCCAGUUGCAACAACUUCAGUAGAAAGGGCAUUUUCAGCUAUGAACAUUGUGAAAAAUCAAAUGCGCAACAAAAUGGGAGAUGAAUGGUUGAAUGAUAGCUUGACUGUGUAUCUUGAAAAAGAUAUAUUCAAUACUAUUGACAAUGAGACUAUUAUUCAUCGUUUUCAAACACAUGAAAAAUCGUCAAGGACAACUUUAAAUAUAUGUGUUGAAUGA